GCGGCUUUAUUGAAGUCGGAGUAUACAUUCUGCCGAGAGGUAUGGGUACCAUAUGGACGCUAUUAGUGAGUACGGUCUGUGUAUCUCCAGCGUUGCAACACUCUCGGGCCUUGUACUUCGGGCGUCAAAGAAGGGAUUUCUUCCUUUUUCCUCCCAGUCGACCUGUUUACACUGAUCAAUGGAUAUCAGGGUUCGACAGGUGUAUACGCAUACACAUACUUUCCUUUAUUAUGUAUUCCUCUUCAAAGCGAGAGCAUGAUAUUUGUGUCCACACUGACAUCGGUGAACGUAGUGUCAAUUUUGGAUAAAGGUACUCCUGAAUGAUGCCCAGCUCGACGGACGCUUGUGCAUUGUGUCAGAGCAAAAAUACCACCCGCAUGAUGCCGUCCUCGUUUUCAGGGCCUCAAUGUAACAUUCGAGCUCGAUAUUCA